CCCUCCUUCCUGGAGCCCCAGAGGAGGGAGUCGCGGGCAGGCGGCGGCGGCCGUGGUGGUUUUGGGGGCAGUGGAUGAGUGGUCGCGCCAGGAGGGGGUGGGGGAAGCGCCGCGCGCGCGCGUGUGGGUAAAAGUGUGUGUGAGAGAGAGAGUGAUUGUGCGUGUGUGCCCACCCCGGCGAGGCACUGACCGUAUGCCGUAACCCGGCGCAGUGGAGGCGGCUACCUUCCCCCGAGGCUUGGGGCUCGGGCGUCCGCAGCGGGAUGUUCUCCCGGAGGAGCCACGGGGAUGUCAAGAAAUCGACUCAGAAAGUGUUGGACCCAAAGAAGGACGUGUUGACCCGCCUAAAGCACCUCCGAGCGCUGCUAGAUAUUGUAGAUACGAGUGAACUGAAAUUUUUUUUUGAGACCAACUAUUCUCAAAUAUAUUUCAUCUUCUAUGAAAAUUUCAUAACACUGGAAAAUAAUUUAAAAUUAAAAGGAAAUAAUAAGUCACAACGGGAAGAGCUGGACUCUAUCCUCUUUCUUUUUGAAAAAAUCUUGCAGCUACUACCUGAAAGGAUUUUCUUUCGAUGGCAUUAUCACAGCAUAGGGUCUACUCUAAAGAAGCUUUUGCACACUGGAAAUUCUAUUAAGAUAAGAUGUGAAGGAAUUCGGCUAUAUCUUCUAUGGCUUCAGGCACUUCAGACAAAUUGUGCAGAAGAGCAGGUACUAAUUUUUGCCUGCCUUGUACCUGGAUUUCCAGCAAUCAUGUCUUCAAGAGGUCCCUGUACACUUGAUACACUUAUAAAUCCUACUCCUUUUUCAUCUGAUACAAAAAUACAUCCUGAAGAAAUAACCCCGCUCUUGCCAGCUGUCUCAGGUGAAAAAAUUGGUGAGGAUCAAACCUGCUUUUUUCUUCAAGUAUUAUUGCGAUAUAUGGUUAUUCAGGCUGCGAGCUUGGAAUGGAAGAAUAAGGAGAACCAAGACACUGGGUUUAAAUUUCUCUUUACUUUGUUUCGAAAGUAUUAUCUUCCCCAUUUGUUUCCAACAUUUACAAAAUUAACCAACCUCUACAAACCUGUCUUGGACAUCCCCCAUUCAAGACCAAAACCAGUAUAUGUUACUUCAACUCGAAAUAAUGAAAAUACUUAUAGCACAAAAAUUCCAUAUAUGGCAGCUCGUGUUGCUUUUAUUAAGUGGAUUGUAACAUUUUUUCUGGAAAAGAAAUACCUAACAACAACUCAGAAUACUAAAAAUGGAGGAGAAGGAUUGCCUAAAAUCAUCCAGAAUGUUGGUGGAAUGGUACAAGAGAAAACCUCUGAGUUGGAAGUUAGUGGACCAUCUGAACAGGAUAAGAAUCAUUCUAACAGCAGUACUUUGUCUGAUCGAAGACUUAGUAAUUCCAGCCUUUGUAGUAUUGAAGAAGAGCACCGGACUGUAUAUGAAAUGGUUCAGAGAAUUCUUUUGUCUACCCGAGGUUAUGUCAAUUUUAUCAAUGAAGUAUUUCGUCAGGCAUUUUUGUUGCCUUCCUGUGACAUAUCUGUUACAAGAAAAGUCGUCAAAGUAUAUAGAAAGUGGAUAUUACAGGACAAACCUUUGUUCAUGGAGGAACCUGAUAAAAAAGACAUUACUGAAGAUAAUGAUGCAAAUUUGGGAUAUUCAGUGACUGAGACAGAUAACAAACAGGCCACAACUGAACAUUCUGGUCACAAACGAUCUUCAAGCUGGGGACGAACUUAUUCCUUUACUAGUGCUGUUAGUAGAGGCUGUAUAUUAGAAGAUGAUAAUAAGAAUAUUAAAGCUGGUGUACAAGCUACACUACAGGUAUUUUUGACAAAUUCUGCCAAUGUCUUUUUAUUGGAGCCAUGUACUGAAGUUCCCAUGCUUUUGAAGGAACAAGUUGAUGCUUGUAAAGCUGUUUUGAGUAUUUUUAGGCGCAUGAUAAUGGAACUUGCAAUGAACAAAAAGACAUGGGAGCAGAUGUUGCAAAUACUACUCAGGAUAACAGAAGCUGUCAUGCAGAAGCCAAAGGAUAACCAAAUAAAGGACUUGUUUGCCCAGAGCUUGGCAGGGUUACUGUUUAGGACACUUAUUGUGGCAUGGAUCAGAGCAAAUCUCUGUGUUUAUAUUUCUCGAGAACUUUGGGAUGAUUUCCUAAGUGUGCUUUCUUCACUUACUGACUGGGAAGAACUCAUAAAUGAAUGGGCCAAUAUCAUGGAUUCAUUAACAGCAGUGUUGGCCAGAACAGUUUAUGGAGUUGAAAUGACAAACCUACCACUGGAUAAGUUGAGUGAGCAAAAAGAAAAGAAGCAAAGAGGCAAAGGUUGUAUUUCAGAUUCACAGAAAGCCAGUGCAGUGGGGAGAUCAUUUUCUUUGAGUUGGAGAAGCCAUCCUGAUGUUACAGAACCAAUGCGAUUCAGGAGUGCUACCACAUCGGGAGCUCCAGGAGUUGAAAAAGCAAGGAAUAUAGUUCGUCAAAAAGCAACUGAAGUUGAAGAAUGUCAACAAUCAGAAAACAUACUGGGAGGUGAAUGUGGCUGCCUGUUUGUUGACCAGGAACAACAGAUACCUCGUAGCAGUAGUACUUCUGAUAUAACUGACCAGUUACAGUCUGAUUCUUAUCAAGGUAAAAAAAUAGAGAAUUCACAGAAUUUAAAUUCAUCAGAUCUUAGACAAAUUCAGGAAAAUAAAGGACAUUUAAAGAAAGAAAAUGAAGGGCCAACAAUUUUAGUGCGAAGAAGCAGCAGCCCAGCUGAAAUAGAUUUAAAAGAUGAUUUGCAGCAAACAGAAGGAAAAUGUAGAGAAAGACAAAAGAGUGAAAGUGUUAGCAGUGACACAUCUCUUGGCUAUACUAAUGAGGUGGAGAUAACAAUGAAUCCAUGGCAUCCAUUUGAGGAAGAUCAAGAACUGAAUACACCAACCGAUGUUGCUGUUGAUUCAGAUGCUAGACAUUGGUUACAAUUGAGCCCCACAGAUGCUUCAAAUUUAACAGAUAGCAGUGAAUGUCUUGCUGAUGACUGCAGUAUAAUUGCUGGUGGGAAUCUUAUAGGUUGGCAUCCAGAUUCUGCUGCUGUUCUAUGGAGAAGAAUCUUGGGAAUCCUUGGAGAUGUUAAUAAGAUCCAGUCACCCAAAAUUCAUGCCAAAGUUUUUGGCUAUCUCUAUGAACUCUGGUAUAAACUAGCAAAGAUACGGGAUAACCUAGCAAUAAGUUUGGAUAAUCAAACUUCUCCAUCUCCUCCUGUCUUGAUCCCACCACUUCGAAUGUUUGCAUCAUGGCUGUUUAAGGCUGCUACAUUGCCAAAUGAAUAUAAAGAAGGUAAAUUGCAAGCAUACAGACUAAUCUGUGCUAUGAUGACCAGACGCCAGGAUGUUUUGCCAAACUCUGAUUUCCUAGUGCAUUUUUAUCUUGUGAUGCACAUUGGCUUAACUAGUGAAGAUCAGGAUAUCUUAAAUACGGUUAUAAAGCAUUGUCCUUCCCGUUUUUUCUUCUUGGCUUUACCUGGCUUUACAAUGCUGAUAGGAGACUUCAUCACUGCUGCAUCCAGAGUUCUUAGUACAGACAUGUUGGCGGCCCCACGCUCAGAAGCUCACACCAUUCUGGGUUCUCUUGUUUGUUUUCCCAACAUUUAUACAAAAAUUCCAUUACUUCAGUCAGUUCCUGAAAUCGAUGGAGUUGUUACUGGAUCUGAAGACAUCAAACAUUACCUCAUAAAUAUUUUACUGAAGAAUGCAACAGAUGAGCCAUGUGAAGGUGCAAGAUGUAUUUCUGUAUGCUGCCUUGGACUUUGGAUAUGUGAAGAGCUUAUUCAGUGUACAAACCAUCCAAAAGUAAAGGCUGCAAUCAAUGUUAUAGGCGUAACUUUAAAGUUUCCUAAUAAGGUGGUGGCUCAGGUAGCUUGUGAUAUCCUUCAGUUGCUCGUGUCCUAUUGGGAAAAGCUUCAGAAAUAUGACAACUCUUUGCCACGGAAAAUUACUGAAAUCCUUGUGGCCACAAUUGCAUUUCUUUUACCAAGUGCUGAAUACUCUUCAGUAGAAACAGAUAAAAAGUUUAUUGUUUCUCUUUUACUGUGCUUGUUGGAUUGGUGCAUGGCAUUGCCAAUGAAAACCCUGAUGCAUCAAGUAUCUACUGUUCUUGAAGAUCAGCAUUCAUCUAGAGCCCCUUUACUAGAUUACAUUUAUAGGGUUUUGCACUGUUGUGUUUCUGGCUCAAGCACAUAUACUCAGCAAAGUCACUACACAUUGACUCUGGCUGAUCUUUCAUCUUCUGAUUAUGAUCCUUUUUUGCCACUGGCAAAUGUACGGAAUUCUGAGCCUGUACAGUAUCAUUCUUCAACAGAAUUGGGGAACCUACUUACUGUUGCUGAAGAAAAACGGAGGAGGAGUUUGGAAUUAAUACCUCUGACUGCCCGUAUGGUGAUGACACAUCUAGUAAACCACUUGAGUCACUAUCCACUGAGUGGGGGCCCUGCCAUUCUUCACAGCCUUGUUAGUGAAAAUCAUGACAAUGCAUAUUUUGAGUCACCUGAGCUCUCUUCUGAAGUCUUCAGAAGUCCAAACCUACAGUUGUUUGUAUUUAAUGACAAUACCCUUAUGUCUUACCUUCAGAUUCCUGCAGAAAGAACAGAAGGGAGGCCCUCAAGUGCCCUCUCUGAUGUCAGGCUUAUUGUGAGAGAUAUCUCUGGAAAGUAUUCUUGGGAUAGCAAAAUAUUAUAUGGACCUUUGGAAGUCAACUUUGCACAGAACAAGAGAAAUAAUUCACUUGUGAUUUCAGACAGUAGACAGCAGACAUUUGAACCUCAGAAAGAUUUUUCCCAUAUUGAAGAAGUAGAUGAUGUGCUUGACAAAUUACUUGAAAAUAUUGGCAAUGCAAGUCCUGAAUGUCUUUUGCCAGCCCAGCUAAAUCUAAAUGCUCCUUCUCCACCCCCAUUUGGAAUGAGUCAUUAUCAAGAAAAAGAGAUCAUCAAAGCAAUUUUAUGUCAGAAUGCCCAAGAAGAGGAAUAUGUACAUAGGUGCAGGUCUGAUGUCACAAUGAAAGUUCCCAAUCAAGAACAGCCAGUUCCUUCUGAGCCACAAGGUCCAUUUUAUUUUUGUAGAUUACUGCUGAAUGACUUAGGAAUGAAUUCUUGGGACAGAAGAAAAAAUUUUCAUCUACUGAAGAAAAAUUCUAAAUUGUUGAGAGAAUUAAAAAAUUUGGACUCACGUCAGUGCCGUGAAACUCACAAAAUUGCAGUAUUUUAUAUUGCUGAAGGACAAGAAGACAAGUGCUCAAUAUUGUCAAAUGCAAGGGGAAGCCAAGCAUAUGAAGACUUUGUUGCUGGACUUGGUUGGGAGGUUGACCUUUCAACACACUGUGGAUUUAUGGGUGGCCUCCAAAGGAAUGGCAGCACAGGACAAACUGCACCUUACUAUGCUACCUCUACUGUGGAAGUGAUUUUCCAUGUGUCUACUAGAAUGCCAUCUGAUUCAGAUGAUUCCCUCACCAAAAAGCUUCGUCACUUGGGAAAUGACGAGGUUCACAUCGUCUGGUCUGAACACACCAGGAACUACCGCAGGGGUAUUAUACCAACAGAUUUUGGAGAUGUUUUAAUUAUUAUUUAUCCAAUGAAGAAUCACAUGUUCUUCAUCGAGAUAAUGAAGAAACCGGAGAUUCCAUUUUUUGGACCUUUGUUUGAUGGAGCGAUAGUGACUGCAAAAUUGCUGCCAAGUCUUAUAUGUGCUACAUGCAUCAAUGCUAGCAGGGCCGUGAAAUCUCUUAUACCCCUCUACCAGAAUUUUUAUGAAGAACGAGCUCUGUAUCUUGAAGCAAUAAUCCAGAAUCACAGAGAAGUAAUGACAUUUGAGGAUUUUGCAGCUCAAGUCUUUUCUCCCUCUCCUAGUUACUCCCUCAGUGGAACGGAUAGUCUCACCACCAGUGUGAGUGCUGACCUUCCUGUUUCUGUUGGAGGAGAGUUGGCUGGUCAGACAUCUCCAUCACUAACCCGUGCCCCCAAAGUCAAAAGCUCUGGGAAACUUCGUCGUUCUGCAAGUGCCCUCAGCAAAUCUUCAAAUUAAAGUACAUCAGAAACUGGUUCAACUCAAAAAAAAGAUUUUGAGCUGACUCAAAAUAGAUUGUAUCAACAAUUGUCUGUACUUCACAGGAUGAUAUUUUGUGCUAUAAAUUACUUCCAAAGAAGAAAAGAAAAAUUCACCUCCAAACAAGUUUCACUUCAUUCUCCCUUGUUUGUUUUUUGUGUGUAGACUAGGAAUAGGAAAUACAGGGAAUCCUACAUGACUUUUGAUGUGUAUCACAGAUAACAGGUUUUGUGUAACUCAAAUACUUUUUUCUUAUUUAUUAAGGCAGAAGCACAACUGUCAUAGGAAGAUACAAAACAGAUAUUGAAGCAGAUUGUUUAUGGAAUUGUCUUUGGUUGUAUUGGUUUUAUUGAUAUUCGCUCUGAUCUUAGGAUUUGUGAUUUAGUUUGAAAAAGCUUUCAUCAUCAUAGAAAAUUGACUUGCCCCAAGGGCUUUUCCUCAUGGCCAAUAAGUGAUUUCACUUCAGUUUGAUUCACUCACCUCACUAUCUAGUCAGAUAUCAGAAUGUAAUUUCCCACCAGGUAUCCACUAGCACUAUAUAAGUUUUAACAAUCAUCUGUAGAGCUACCAGAUCAUAAUUGAAAGAUAUAGCAUUGAAGAUUCCACUUCCUAGGAAUCCAGGUCAAAUCAAAUUUUAGCAAUUAUAGCAAGUCUUCAUUCAGUAAUAAUUUUUAAAUGGAAAAGGAUGAACAGAACAGUAUUCACUAUAGCAAAAUUUGCUUAGUUGAACAGAUAAUUUAAGUUCUGCAGUUUUAAUCUGUAAUCUUUAUUGUCCAUUAUUCAAUAUUGUCAUUAUAACAGUAACUAGGAUUUGAUUAGCAUUCUGGAAAGACUUGAGUUCUAACAUAUAGUAGAGUCUCAUUUACUAAAAGCACUUUGCUCUUUAUUCCCCAAAUCUUAACUUCAGCAUUCCUUUCACCAUAACUGUAACCACAGAAGAAUUUCAGCAUAUAGAUAAUAUUUCUUCAGCCUCUUAAGCAAGCCACAGAUAUAUAUUGAGAACUGACAUUAGGCAAGGUAUUGUACUAGACAUGGAAAUUAAAAGCCAAAAAUUACCUCUAUAGGAUUACUGUGUGCCAGGUGUGAGAUGCACUAUUGCAGAUGAGAGGCCAAUAACACACAAGAAGAAUUGCCUGGAGUUGACCCAGCUUCUGAGGAAGUAGAUAACUUGUACUUUGUGACCCCAGUCAUUGUUUUAUUCUAACUGACUAAUGUGAAGAGACCUAUUAAGUAACUACUGAGUUCAGUAGCUAGUUAUUCAAGCUUCAGACUGCACUAAAACUUUUGGGACAUCAAGUACAUUCUUUUAAGAUUAUCUCCAAAGUAUAUAGAUCCCCAUUAGCCAACUUUGAACUUUUUUAUAAACCCAGUCAGAAGGAUGAGACAAUGAGAUGAGUGUGAGCAAGGCUGGACUGGCAUCUGGUAUUGUGAUGAAUGUUCAAGGUCACAGAAGAAAUUGGAUCAUGGAGAUAUUAACCCUUCCUCUUUUUUUUUUUUUCCCUGUUCAUUUCCCUUUAUAUUUUCAUGUAGUUGCUAUGUGAAAGAAAUGCUUUCUGACACCUUUCUUUUUAGGGUUGCUGUGAAAGCCUGCAGAUAAGCUAUAUGUACAAUUAAUCUAUUCUUAUGUACACAACCAUUUUGACUAUUUGUAUGGCACUAACUUCAGGCAAAACAGUAGAACCUGUUGUGUAUGGAGUCAACCUAAAGCCCUUACCUGACUUUUAACAAUAUAUGUGAACCUAGUUCAUCAGGAGUCAGAAAACUUCUAAGAAACUUCUAGGAAAUUAGCUUCAGACCUUCUAUUCAUAUUGCUCUGCAGGCCAUUGAAUUGUGUCCCAUAAAAAGUUUAAGAAUUAGAAUUAUUUUCUAGUUCCUAGAGAUAUACCACCCCUUCCCCCCCCCAAAAAAAGUAGUAUAUGUGUAACCUAAACAUAGGGAGGUAGUAGGGACACUUCAAGGAUCAUAAGGGGAAAUUCAAUCACUUCAGAUUAUUUUUGUUUUGUAAAAUGAUCUACUUUAUAAGUAUUCUCUGACUCCUUAUCACAGACAAUACCAGGAAUUUUCAAGAUUUUCAAGGUUUUUUCCUGAUUAUGCCAGCAAAUACCUCAUGCCCAUUUUGUUAUAUUUGAAAUCUGCACAUCAUACAAAGGCAAACAGCCAUUUCACUUUUUAUUGUUUUUGUUUUUUAAACAAUGUAGAAGAACCAGACUAAUAGGCUAAAUAAACUUUUGAUUUUUAAACUGGGAGUUAGCCCAGAGUUCAUUGAGAUGACUAUUUAAGGAACAUAUUAUCAUUGGGUAUCAUGAAAGCAUGUAAAAUAACUGGCUUUCUCAGAAAGGUAAUGAUGAUACAUAUCGACAUAUAAGAGGGCCAAAUUAAAGGCCCUUCUUUCUUAAUGAUAAUAUUACAACGGCCCAAGCUUGUGUUGCUGUAUUUCAGGGCAUCUUUUGGGCUGGUCUUCCUAUUACAAAUUCUGAUUGUCAGAAGCUUGUGACCCAAGACCUUGCCAUUUGCUUCAGGAUAGGCACAAGCAUAUUCUAGUUCAUGCUUUAUUUUCUGUGACAAAAAGGGAGGGGCUAAUUUCAUCUGUAAUUUUUAUGACCAGAAAUUACAAAGGGGAAAAAAAAAUUGCUUCUUACUAGAGGUAAUUUAUAUGCUUGGUAACAAUUUGAUUUUUUUUAAGAAAAUAAUUUUAUGUACAAAUGAAUUAAAGUCAUUUUUACUAUUGGGGUAACAAAUGGAAAUGCUCAUUAUCUCACUUAGAAAAGCAAAUAUUACACCUUCGCAAUAAAUGCCUUUCAGCAAAAUUGAGUUGAUAAUCAGUCAGCACACACCCCUAGGUACCAGUGCUGACAAAUCACAUUAGCAGGUCAACCAUCUGUGAAUUAAAGUGUCCCUAAUUAGACCUAAAUGUGAUAAGACUUGUUGGCUUUAAGACAGUAUUAGGUAUACGGAUUUCUUCAUUGACAUGUUACUCUGAUGCUCUAUAGCUAAAAACUAAUGUAGCAAAAUCUCAUGGACUGUUUUGUUCUUUAAAAUACUACUACUAAAAAAGGGAGGUAUGAAACUCCUAAACUAGAGAAAAGGAAGAAAAUUCAGCCAUAUCAAAUGAUUCUCACAAGUGUCUUUAAAUGCACGCAGUCACUGAUACAGGACCUAGGAACUACAGGGUAAGGAUAGGGUUUGCAGCUUUGGAUUUGGUGGCUUGUGUUGAUUGGCCAAACCCUGAGCCUUAUUUUUUUAAAUCAUGCAGAUUCAUAUAGCAAUGCAAAUAAUCUCUAGAUCUUUCCUCAGGUCUAAUUAAUCUGUUCUUACAAUAUUGAAUUUGUUUUUAUCAUGUUGUAUAACAAUUUGAGGAAUACUUUAAAACUUACUGUGACUUCUCCAUAAUUAUGGGUCUUUUUUUCUAUAUGUGAAACUGAAUUCCCUGUGGGACAAGCCAUUACUUUUAGUUACAUUCAAAAUCUCUGUAUAAUAUAUACAUUAAGUGAAUGUUUUCUGUUUCCACAUCUACAAUGUGUGUGUGUGUGUGUGUGUGUGUGUGUGUGUGUGUGUAUAAAUAAGGAAAGGUAUUUGAUAAAUUCAGUAAAAAUUAACUUAUAGUGUGUCAUCUCCUUUUGAUUUUUGUUUUUCCUUUAUUUAAUUUUGCUAAAACCCAACAUUAAGGUUUAAGACUAGAUGAUUUUCCUAGUCCAGCACUGGAUGUUACUGCUCGGUAUACAAACUUAUCUCGAAACUGUCUUUUGAGAUAUCAUUUUGGAGCAAGAACUGCUAGCAAAGGCAGAGCUAAUCCCUGAAAACAACAGAAAGAAAUUGUUCCUCUUAAGUACUACAACUUGACUUGGGAGUUAAGACUCUCUUUUGUGAAGUAUGUUGAUAAAGUAAUUUAUAAAAGUAGCACUUGUGUGAAUAUAUAUUGAUUUACUUUUUUGAUUAUUUGAUGUGAAGAAAACAUACCGCAUUUAUACAGAGUGAAGUAAUUCAAAUGACAUUUUCCCCUAAUGAUGACCCAAAAGCUUACCUUCUAAAAUUAUAUAAAUUCAGUGGUGCAUUAAUUAAAAAUCUCUUUAUCCAUGAAAUGCUAAGAACAAAAUAAAAGUUGAAUUCAUAGAAAUAUUAUUUGUACACAAUUUGCACAACCCUUUCUUAAUGAAUCAGAAUCCCUUUUGUUUACAUUUUAAAGCAAAUAGUAUAAAAAUCCAAAAAUGAUUCAUUUGAUCUGAUGCAGCUGCUUUGGUGUCCUAAGAAAUCAACAAAGGAUUUAUACCUCAUCGUAAACAACCCUUUUAGUUUAUAGAUAAAGUAACUGAGGCCCAAAGAGGUUGUGAUUUGCCCAAGCUUGUUGAAGUAGCUAAACUAAGAUUCAAACAUCAGUUUUCUAUCUCCCCCUUUAGUAUUCUUCCAUUCUAAACGUCUCUAUACUCUAAAAAUUUUACAUGGCUAGUUUUCUCAUUAGUAAAAACAGAUGGCUAUUACACAUUUAUUUCCAUGGAUUUUAUCCUUUAUAUCUAAAUAAGCGUACAUUAAUUUAUGUGACAUAAGUCUCUUGUAUAGUUUCGUUUAGGUUAGGCAUAAAAUAAGAAGCAUUAGAAGCAAAAGUGAGGAAAUAUUUACGGACCCCAAAAUAUUAAAAAAAAUCAUGUUAAGGAUUCUAGCAUUAUUAAGGAUUUCACCAUAAAGGAUUUAGUAGAGACAUGGCCAGAAAUGGAACAAGGUAAAAGAUAUGAUUGAAAUCCAUGCUUGUAAAGGAAAGCCUAUGUCCAGUAAGAGCACAGAUCUCAUUACCAUCCAAGCACCUGAAUGAAAGACAUAGAUUUAAUAAUCCUUUUCUUUGAAUGGACAUACACAAAUGGUGGCUGUAGCAUCUUGUAUGGCAGACAGCAGUAUCAUCCUGAUAACUUUGAGAAAGUACCUAUCAUGUCCCCUUGCCUAAGGCCUUUGCCCUGCUCUAUUCAGUAAGGAGCUCCCUUUUCUGAGCAGCAUUAAUGUAGUGAGUACAUGAAAGCAGCAAGUUGCUAGAUUAUAUUCUAAAGGCAUUUAAAAAAAAAAAAAAA